AUGGGAAAGGAAGACAUCAUGGUCAAGGUGCGUAGCCUGCUGCACCCGUCCGCAAAGGAGUCUACUUCUUCAGACUCAAUCACCACAGCAUCGUUGAUGGAGAAAUCACCCAAAGUGCCCCAGCAAACCCGCGGAGUCGGCCAUGGUCCGUACAAUGGAGACCAAUGCUUCGGUUCUUGCUGCCGUGGAUCCACGUCCAUAGUAUACCAGACAUACCAGCCGAGCGAUCAAUGCUUUGGUUCGUGCUGUCGUGGAAGGGCGCCCGUUGUAUACACGAAAUACCAGCCGGGCGAUCAAUGCUUCGGAUCUUGUUGCCGGGGGAGUGGCUAUGAGCGCUGA